GACUUGCUCUGUGACGAGCUGCACAGGCGGAGUUUUCAGGUGGAGCGGCCAAAUGCCGAUGCACAGACUCGACCAUUAUUUACUCACACAGGCGUCGCUCGCUGAAUGAAUCAGUGAAAGUGCGGCGUAACGGCGGUGUAACGGCGGCGGCGGAGCUGACGGACUGUAGUCGGGGCUGGGAGGAGGUUGCUGUCGAUCCGCUGCCGCCGUUUGGGAAAGAGGUCACCCCCCCUCCCCUCCACCCCCACCCCCCCCCGCCCAGCGCGGGAUGGCGUCCGGUCUGCGAGGCUUCACUCACUUGGCGUUUCAAUGACUGGUUCAGUCAGCGGCUGGAAGAGGACACACGUGUACAGAGCGGAGAAACCACGCAGGUUUAAUAAUGGGCAGUAGCAAAAGCAAGCUGAAAGACCCGUCUCAGAAAACAAAAGGUGGAGACAGCAGCAUUUUGUCCAGUACGCAAAAUCUACGUUAUGGUCUUGAGGGACCACAAGAAUCCCACUCAACCCCAGCUAAAACUUUGGGUCCGGAUGAGAACAACUCCAGCAUUGCACCAUUUGGAGGGACCACGGAAUUAACACUAUUCGGAGGAGUUAUUUCUUCCAACGCAUCUUCUCCGUCACAACGAACGGGCCAACUGGCAGGUGGAGUAACCACAUUUGUGGCAUUGUAUGAUUAUGAUUCCAGGACAGCGAGUGACCUUUCCUUUAAGAAGGGGGAGCGAUUGCAGAUUGUUAACAACACGGAAGGUGAUUGGUGGUUAGGCCGUUCCCUCGCUACAGGGAAGACUGGAUAUAUCCCCAGCAAUUAUGUUGCACCUUCUGACUCCAUUCAGGCUGAAGAGUGGUAUUUUGGGAAGAUUACGAGAAGAGAAUCAGAGCGAAUGUUGCUCAGCCCUGAAAAUCCAAGAGGUACCUUUUUGGUCAGGGAGAGUGAGACCACAAAAGGUGCUUACUGUCUAUCUGUGUCCGAUUAUGACAAUGCAAAAGGACUGAAUGUGAAGCACUACAAGAUACGCAAACUGGACAAGGGUGGCUUCUAUAUUACAUCACGGACACAGUUUGAUAACCUGCAGCAACUGGUAGUCCACUAUUCAAAGCACUCUGAUGGUCUGUGUCAUCGGCUGACAACUGUCUGUCCAACCGUGAAACCCCAGACCCAGGGAUUAGCUAAAGAUGCUUGGGAAAUCCCAAGGGAAUCAUUGCGAUUGGAAGUGAAGCUUGGGCAGGGUUGCUUCGGGGAAGUAUGGAUGGGAACAUGGAAUGGAACAACAAAGGUAGCAAUUAAGACUUUAAAACCUGGUACAAUGUCCCCAGAGGCUUUUCUGCAGGAGGCCCAGAUUAUGAAAAAACUUCGGCAUGACAAAUUGGUGCAGUUGUAUGCUGUUGUCUCCGAAGAACCAAUCUACAUUGUUACUGAGUACAUGAGCAAAGGAAGUUUGUUGGAUUUCCUCAAAGGAGAGAUGGGCAAAUACUUAAGACUUCCACAGCUGGUUGAUAUGGCUGCUCAGAUCUCAGCUGGUAUGGCCUAUGUGGAAAGGAUGAAUUAUGUUCAUCGAGACUUGCGAGCAGCUAACAUUCUUGUGGGUGAAAGCCUUGUGUGUAAGGUUGCUGACUUCGGCCUGGCUCGACUGAUCGAAGACAAUGAAUACACAGCCCGGCAAGGUGCCAAAUUCCCCAUCAAGUGGACAGCUCCGGAAGCUGCACUGUAUGGCCGUUUUACCAUAAAAUCAGAUGUGUGGUCAUUUGGAAUUCUGAUGACUGAACUCGCUACAAAGGGCAGAGUGCCAUAUCCAGGAAUGGUGAACCGUGAGGUGUUGGAUCAGGUGGAACGUGGUUAUCGAAUGCCGUGCCCACCUGAAUGUCCCGAGUCUCUCCAUGAUCUCAUGAUUCAAUGCUGGAAGAAGGAGCCAGAAGAGAGGCCAACCUUUGAGUAUUUGCAAGCUUUCCUAGAAGAUUACUUUACUUCCACAGAACCUCAAUACCAGCCUGGUGAAAACUUAUAGGCCCAGCCAUUACAGGCAGCAUCCGAGACAUUGUGCAGUUUGAGAAUGCAAAGGUUCCCUCAGCCCAGCUGCACGCAGCCUUUAAAUCUGCUUAAUAACUGGAAUUCCCACGCACUGUGCACUAACUCGUUUUUGCAUAUUGUUUCUCAGUGUAUAGAUAACGUUGUUUCUGAGGCACUCUAGAUACUUAAUUUACAUUUCAACGCCUGUUGAUGGGUAAGGUUCUGACGAAAGAGGUAAUCAAGAAACAAAGCCAAAUCACCAGAUAAGAAUUAACUUUUAAACGAUCUCUAAAAAUGACCGUCCCUGCUAUAGUUUACCUAGAGAAACAAAUGUGGUAUAACUUUACAACAGAAUUUUCUUUAGUUUUAUAGAUCUGGAAAAUAUUGCUCCAAGGAUUAAAAGACACCAAAAGUGCAUUUGGUGCUGGAUUACUUUAUCUAGUAAAAAACAAUGUUUUUAUCUAUAAUUUACUUAAAUGGAAAUUGCAACAUCAUAAAGACAUUUUGUACAUUUCUGUUUUAUUAUUGUUGGUAACAUGCCUUUGUUAUCGUGAUUAUUAUUUAUAUUUUUAAUCCAUAUGAAUUGUAGAAAAAUUAUUCUGAUUAAUAUGGUGGUCAUACCUAAGCAUUUCUGUGUUUUGUGUCUUCCCUGUGGUACUUUGAUAUGUAUAUAAUGAUUUUUUUUUUGCUGAUCAGAGGAGUGUAAACAUUGGUUCAGCUGCCAUCUUUUAUGACUUGAAAGAGCAAUAAUGUGAACAAGAAAAUGAAACAUUUUGCUGUUUCUUAAGAAUAAAAAGUGAAUUGGCAGAGCCUGCAGAGAUGGUAUUACUCUACAUGGUUAUAGCAGGUAUAUUAGGCAACAGUGAUGUUUGUAUCAUAGUUUCAGUUGUAUAUGUGUGCAAACCCAACCCAUUGUAGUAGGUUGUCCUCAGACUGUCCUCUGGUGGCCAAAGUGAAUAUGAAAUUAACAGUUCUGUUUUCCAGACAGAAUUAAUGAGGUGCCAAACAUGAAUGCUUAUUACAAAUGCACAUUUGAUUCCACUGGAUGUACGAAAUAUUUAGAGAAUACUAUGAUAAAAAUCUUUCCAUUGCGAAUAAACCAGCCUCAAUAAAUAUUCGCUUUGUUUCAAGACAAGCGCGUACACGUUUGGCCAUUGUUAUGUGAAUGUUCAGAAAUACAUUUGUGUGAAAAUCCGUUUUACUGGAGAUGUUAACACCUUUAUUUUAAACCUGUUAAUAGGUUAAACAGGAAUUUCAUACAAUUCAUAAAUUAUUCAGCACUAAUAUUUGCAAAGUGGGAUUUCAAGGCCCUGCAUUUUAAGGUAAUGAAAGUAUUUUUGCACAGGCUGUAACAUAUAUUCUGUUUUGCACACUACAGCAGGAUUGCAUGACAAGUUUUUUUUCCCCCAUUCCCUGCAUAAUGUCUGGAAACAUGCUUCACAAAAUGUUGAAAACGGUUUCUUUUACUUAUAAUUGGCUGCCUUGGAGAUGGGAAGUGGCAAUUUACCUUUAAGAUUAUCUUCUCAUUGGUGGCCAGGUCAAGCUAUGGUAGUCAGAUAUGGUAAUUGAGGAUCAAUAGACACUAUUGCUUUAGGGUACAAAACAUAUAUUGAAUUGGACUGAAAUAACAAAGAUCGGUUAAAAUGCCAUGGGGAGGAUCAUGGCUUUAUUGAAUGAAUGAAUAUGUUACUGUCACAUGUGACAAGUCACAGUGAAAUUCUUUGCUUGCAAAUAGUCGCCAUGUAAAGAGCGCUUACAAAUUUACAAAGUUACAAAGUAUGCGCGCCAGGUCCCCCUUUGUUCUCCCUGCGCCGUCCCCCUUGUUCUCCAUCCCCGCCCUCCUCCCUCACGGUGGCCCCCCCAAACCUGGUUACGGAUCUUUAUUAAAUCACCAUCAUUGUAUGUGCUGUAUCAAGGCAUUUAUAACGUUGGAUCCAAAGGGUUUUUAUAAGUACCUCUAUGGGCAAUUGUUAAUAUGCUGAAGCUUGUGAACUAGUGGCAACAUUUUUUUGCCACCAUUGCUAGCUGUCUUCUCUAAAGAGAAAAGACAACUCAAGCCUGUUGGAAAGAACAGGCAAUGCCUUUAACUAUUUAGAUGAGCACAAAGAUGGAGACUGAUGUGGUGAAAUGUAGAGGGAAAAAACGUAAUGGUCCUGUCAAAAAUAUCCCAAAUUCUUCAUCAUCAACUGCAUAACCUUGGUUGUUAACUCUUGCAAAGUGAAUUUUAGAAAACAUGCUAAUGGCAGUUUAGCCUGAACUGCACAUUCAGGCUAAACUGCCAUUACUGUGUUUUCUUUUCUGGCUAAUUGGAGUUAUCAAUAAUCACUGCAUGGAACUUUAAACUUUGGAAAAAAACAGGCAAGAAAAGAUAGAGCUGAAAAAUUCUUGUUAAUAAUCCCCUGUGAAUUCCUAAUGAGUGUGAAUAAUUAUUUUUUGCAAACUGAAUUUGUUAUUCAUUAGCAACUACCUGUAUUUUGCAAUGCCUCUUAUAAGUCACUGGCCUAUCUCUUGUUCUUCUCUCACUGUGAUCAAAGACUGUACAGAAUCUUAAAUAUGCAUUUGGAAUGAAGCAAUGUGUGAGGGAAAAGAAUAAUAAAGUUUCUACUGAAUAGGAGUGAAGACCUCCCAUAUAUUGGGAAUAAAUUCUAACUAGCUUGGGAAAUUAAUGUACGUAAAGACACUGAAGUCAGACGGUGGCGCAGGUUCAGUCAGUCCUCUGUAUAUAAUAUAAAGUAUUACAACA